GAUAUGAUUUGCACGCAUCCACAACUUAUACCCGUAUGUCUUACGGAGCUGCUGGCCGCAUUCGUACUUCUUUCACAGAGUUCACUGCUGCAAGGUGCGACGUUGACGUCUGCGUUGAAUCUGUUGGAGGCACUUGUCAAGAAUCCGGUGCCAAAUAAGCCUUCGCUGAAGGUUUCUUAG